GUUUCACAAACAAUGGGAAAGAAAAAGUCUAAAACUAAAACCCUUGAAAAACUUGAGGAAAACAUCGGGAAAUUAGAGACUGUCUUAGAUAAGAAGUCUCUGAAGCUCCAUAAAAAGAAGAAAGGCAAGAAGAAAGCAGUAGAGUAUGACCAAGAUGGAACUGAGGAGUACCAAGCGAAAGCAGCAAAGUUGAUUAAAGAGAAAGAACGAAUUUUCAAAGAAAAGAUUGAAAAGCCGAGCCAAAAUGAUAAAGACGCCAAAUGGUACAAAAGCUUGAUGGAUAAAGGAACAGUAAAGGAUAAAAUCAUGGCUUUGAGCAUGAUCGUUAAAAAGGAUCCUGAGUCAUCAGGGGAGUAUCUCAAAAAUUUGAUAAAACAAGCUUAUAAAAAGGAUAGAAAGCAAGCAUUCAUCGCUCUUGAUUCUCUUCAAGAAGUAUUCUGCAAAGCCUUACUCCCAGAAGAUAGGAAGUUAAAGAGCUUCAAGCAAAGCAUUGAGGAAGCACAAGAGAAAAAAACUGAAAUUACAAAUGCAUUACUUACUCGAGCUUAUCAUGAAAAUAUAGUUAGAAGUCUAUACAUCGAAUAUGUUGAUUUCCUUGGAAAAUGUACAAAUGAUAAUCUUGAUUACUUCAAAAAGCUUGCCAUCUCAAUUGUUUCGGAUUGCUUAAUGAGCUGCCCAGAAAGAGAAGAAACGCUUUUGAGUAUCUUGAUCAACAAAUUAGGAGACCCUAACAAUGACAUUCCAAAACACACCAUUCAAAAUAUUAUCAGGAUCCUCAAGAAGCAUGGAAAUAUGACAGCCGUGUUUACUGGGGAGAUCCAGCAGUUCAUGGAAAGAGUUCACAACAAAUCUCUUUACUUCUUCGUUUCAUGUCUUAACAAAAUUGUCUACUACGAAGAUGACACUGAUUAUAUUGCAGAUGCUUUAAAGAUAUACUUCUCACAAUUCAAAAGACUAUUCCGUGGGCAUGAGACUGCUCAUAAGAAUGAGGUAAUAACUUUGAUUUUGAGAGGAAUUCACAACAUUGUUUCCAAUUUGGACCCUGGAACACUGGAAUUGACAGUCCAAUCUAUAUCAGAAGAAAUAGGAAUCUUAUUCUCUUUGACAAGGUCAAAUUCAUUCAGAGUCAAAAUUGAAACCUUAAAAUUGAUCUUUGUGUUCCUUAAGGUACAAGUAUCCCUGAAGGACAAGUUCUAUACAACUCUAUACCAAGUUGUAGGUUCAUUGACCAAUGUAGCAGCCAUAAAGCUUGAUUCUACCUUUGCUUUACUCUACAAAGCUAUCAAGAAGGAUACCUGCAUUGAAAGGGUGCAAGCUUUCUUCAAGAGAUUGAUUCAGAUGUGCUAUGUUAAUGAAAUCUCCUUCGUAGCUGCCUCUAUUCUGCUCAUCAACGAAGUUCUCAAAUCCAGAAAAGAAAUCAGAGGCCUCAUGUUCAGCAAAGACAAGCUUCUAGAUUCAGACGAUGAAGAAGUCUUCGUUGAUGUAGAAGAAGGCAAUAAGAAGAGCAAGAAGAACAAGAAGAGGCAGAAGAAAGCUCAAGAAAAGGAGAAAGAAGAAGCUGAAGAUAAAGAUAAAGAAGAGAACAAAACUAAAUUUACUACUGAAUAUGUCCCUCGUAAGAAGGACCCAAGGUAUGCUAAUGCUGAUCAGACUUCUUUCUGGGAGCUUGAUAUUCUGAGAAACUAUUACCACCCUACCAUACGAAUUUGGGUAAAAAAUAUGAUGUCUGGCAGAGAGAUUAAGUACAAUGGAGAUCCUUUACAAGACUUUUCCCUAGGAAAUUUCCUGGAUAAGAUUAUCCUUAAGCCUGCUAAAUCUUCUCAGAAGCUUGAAAAGAUGAGAUUCAGAAAGAAGAGGACGGCCAGAGCUGAAGAAAUUAAAGAAAUUGUUAAAAAGACAGAAGAUGAUAUUGAGGAUCCAGAUUACAAUACUGUCAAAUCUAAGAUCGCAAAGACAUCAGAGUAUAGGCCUGAUGAAGAGUUCCUCUAUAAGCACUUGCUAUUGAAAUCCAAGAAGGAGAAGCAAGAGAGGCAAAAGGCGCUUGAUCAUAAGAACAAGAAGACUCCUGUUGAGGACCAAAAGGAUAAAGAAGUUGAUGCUCUUAACGAAGGUGCUGAAGACUUCUCAAUGAGCGAUGGAGAACUCCCAGAAGGCUUUUUCGAAGAUGAAGAAGAUUUGAAUGAAGUGGAUGUCCCUCAAGGUCCAGAAUUCGAUGAGAAAAUAUUCCAAGAGGCUCCUUCUGAUAUUGAUGAUGAUUAAAUGGCAUGUUUCUAUUAGAAAAAGAGCAGGAG